CAGCCGCCGCAGCCGCAGCGAGGCCGGAGCCGCGCGAGGGCCUCCGCCGCCAUGGGGGGUCACCCAUCGCCGCCGCCCCUCCCCCUCCCCCUCCUCCUCCUCCUCCUCCUCACCCCCCCCCACGUGGCCGCCGAGGACCCUCUGGUGGCCGCCACCACCUCGGGCGCCGUCCGCGGCUUCCACGUCCCCGCCGGCCCCUCCUCGGUGGCCGCGGCGUUUUUGGGGAUCCCCUACGCCGAGCCCCCCCUGGGCCCGCUGCGCUUCGCCCCGCCCCGCCCCGCCCGGCCCUGGGGGGGGGUCCUGGAGGCCGCGUCCCACCCCCACGCCUGCUUCCAGCCGGUGGACACCAUGUUCCCGGGCUUCGGCGGCUCCGAGAUGUGGAACCCCAACCGCGAGAUGAGCGAGGACUGCCUCUACCUCAACGUCUGGGCGCCGGUCCCGCGCCCGGCGGCGCCGGCGCCGGUGCUGGUUUGGAUCUACGGCGGCGGCUUCUACAGCGGCGCCGCCUCGCUGGACGUGUACGACGGGCGGUUCCUGGCGGCGGCCGAGCGCGUGCUGGUGGUGUCCAUGAACUACCGCGUCGGCGCCUUGGGCUUCCUGGCGCUGCCCGGCCACCCCGAGGCUCCCGGCAACGUGGGCCUGCUGGACCAGCGCCUGGCGCUGCGCUGGGUCCAGGCCAACAUCGCGGCGUUCGGCGGCGACCCCGGCGCCGUCACCCUGUUCGGCGAGAGCGCCGGCGCGGCCUCGGCGGGGCUGCACCUGCUGUCGGCCGGCAGCCGCGGGCUGUUCCGCCGCGCCGUGCUGCAGAGCGGCUCGCCCAACGGGCCCUGGGCCACCGUGGGGGCGGCCGAGGGCCGGCGGCGGGCGGCCAGGCUGGGCCGGCUGCUGGGGUGCGGCGGCGCGGGCGCCGGCGGCGCGGUGACCAACGAGACGGAGCUGCUGGGCUGCCUGCGCGCCGCCGCGCCGCCGCAGCUGGUGGAGCACGAGGCGGCCGUGCUGCCGCAGCAGGGCGUCUUCCGCUUCGCCUUCGUGCCCGUGGUGGACGGCGAGUUCCUGGCCGACACCCCCGAGGCGCUGCUGGGCGGCGCCGGCCCCGCCGAGGCCGAGGUGCUGCUGGGCGCCGUGCAGGACGAGGGCACCUAUUUCCUGGUGUACGGCGUGCCGGGCUUCGGCAAGGACAACGAGAGCCUGAUCAGCCGCGAGGAGUUCCUGGGCGGCGUGCGGCUGGGCGUGCCGCAGGCCAACGAGCUGGCGGCCGAGGCCGUGGUGCUGCAGUACACCGACUGGCUGGACCAGGACAACCCCGUCAAGAACCGCGAGGCGCUGGACGACAUCGUGGGCGACCACAACGUGGUGUGCCCGCUGAUGCACUUCGCCCAGCGCUGGGCCGAGCGCGGCGGCACCGUCUUCGCCUACCUGUUCGACCACCGCGCCUCCAACCUGCUGUGGCCGCCCUGGAUGGGCGUCCCCCAUGGCUACGAGAUCGAGUUCGUCUUCGGGCAGCCCCUCAACCCCGGGCUCAACUACACGGCCGAGGAGGAGGCGCUGAGCCGGCGCAUCAUGAGAUACUGGGGCAACUUCGCCCGCACCGGGGACCCCAACGAGCCGUCGGAGCGCGAGCGGCGCUGGCCGUCCUACACGGCGGCGGGACAGAGCUACGCCCGGCUGAACGCGCGGCCGCUCGCCGUGGCGCAGGGACUGCGCGCCCAGGCCUGCGCCUUCUGGACACGGUUCCUGCCCAAACUGCUCAACGUCACCGGGCCCAUGGAGGAGGCCGAGCGCCAGUGGCGGCUGGAGUUUCACCGCUGGAGCUCGUACAUGAUGCGCUGGAAGAGCCAGUUCGAGCUCUACAGCCGCCAGGAGCGCUGCCAGCCGCUCUAGGGACCCCAAAACCCGCCUGGGGCACCCCAAAACCCGCCUGGGGCGCCCCAAAACCCACCUGGGGCACCCCAAAAUCCAUCCAGGCAAUCCAAUCCUUCCAGAAAUCCACCCCGGGACUCCAGAAAUCCACCCAGGGUAUCCCAAGACCUGCCCAAGGACUCUAGAAACCCACCCAGGGAUGCCCAAAACCCACCUGGGGGACUCCAAAAUCCACCUGGGGCACCCCAAAAACAGCCUGGGGCACCCCAAAAUCCAUCCAGGCAAUCCAAUCCUUCCAAAAAUCCACCCAGGGUAUCCCAAAACCUGCCCAAGGACUCCAGAACCCACCCAGGGACGCCAAAAGCCACCUGGGGCACCCUAAAAUCCACCUGGGGCACCCCAAAAUCCACCUGAGGGACCCCAAAAUCCACCUGGGGCACCCCAAAAUCCAUCCAGGCAAUCCAAUCCUUCCAGAAAUCCACCCCAGGGAACCUAAAAACCCACCCAGGGCAUCCCAAAAUCCACCUGGGGCACCCCAAAAACCACCCAGGGCACCCCAAAAACCACCCAGGGCACCCCAAAAUCCACCCAAAGACUCCAGAAAUCCACCCAGGGUAUCCCAAAACCCACCUGGGGUGCCCCAAAACCUGCCCAAGGACUCCAGAAACUCGCCCAGGGACGCCAAAAACCGCCUGGGGCACCCCAAAAUCCACCCAGGGACCCCAAAAAUCCCUCCCAGACCCCCCCAAAAUUCCCCUCUGACACCCCAAAAUCCUGCCCAGAAACCCCAAAAUCCACUCCAGAAACCCCAAAACAGCCCCAGACACCCCAAAAAUCCCAAAAUUCCCCAACCCCAAACCCUCCAGCACCCCAAAAUUUGGGGCCCCCCCCAGUGCCCUCGUCAGUGUGACCCUAAUAAAGGCUCAAAGCC